GUUUGGGGAGGAGACUACCCGGUUAGGGGCUGUCUCUUGUCGCCAGUGUGUGGGGGCGGAUACUAUCCGGGGAGGGCCUGUGCUCCUGGGGGAGGCUGAGUGGGCGGCGCUCAGUUCCAGGCCUGAGUUCUGCUGUCAGGAAGUGGCUGUGCGCUCGGACCCGCCGGACGUUUGACUUUAGAAGGGACCGGAUUGUACCGAAGGGGGAGGUUCUGUAGUUGUGGCCGCUAGGGGAUUUGUUCAUCCCGGAUGGCUGUGUUGUACCAGUGGGGCGGCAGCAGGCCGGGCCUCUCCUGAGCCUUCCCUAGCGCUCCCCUGAGCCAGGGGGCAGCAGCUGGACCCCCAUGACGGGCUGAGCGGUGUCGGUCCCGCAGGGACUGUAGGAAGUGCGAGUCACCACCGGACUCCCCUCCCCUAACUUCUCCCCGAAGUAUCCCUUCUCCCCAGGGAGAGGAACCCGAGCUGCGCCAUGGCUGCCACCCCGGCCGCCAGCGGUUCCAACCCGAGGAAAUUCAGCGAGAAGAUCGCACUGCACAACCAGAAGCAGGCCGAGGAAACGCGCGCUUUCGACGAGCUCAUGUCAGAUCUGACUGUGUCCCGGGUCCAGUUCCAAAAGCUGCAACAGUUGCGACUUGCACAGUCUAGGGCUCAGUAUUAUGGCGGCUCUCUGCCAAAUGUCAACCAGAUCAGCAGCAGCCCGACCGAUUUCCAGCCUUCUUUUCACCCCACGGAUAAUAUACGAGGUAUGCGCCACCAUGGACUUGUGGAGAGAGUUUCCCGUAAUCGCCUUCACUCUUCUCAUCACAGACCCAUAGAGAAGCAUGGACGUCAAUGUGACAGCUCUCCAUAUGGAUCUGUGUAUCUCUCGCCCCCACCGGAUAAUAACUGGAGAAGGCAGCAGGCUCCCUGGAACGAAGAGAAACGGCCAGGAUUUAGACUUUUAUCUGCUCUCAACAGAACAAAUUCUGAUUCAGCCCUUCACACCAGCGCCUCAAGUACCAAAUCACAGGAUCCUUUUAUGGGAGGUGCCCAAGCUAUGCUGCGGGCCCCCAAACCCCCGCAAAGAAACACAAGUUUACAAGAUGGUGAAAUUGACAACUUUGGAGAAGUUUUCUCUUUCCCUAAUGCUAUGACGGAGGAGAACAUGCUGAAUGUCACAAAGCCACUGCCCAAGCAGAUAUGGGAAGCUCAAAAGGUCCAGUGCAUUACGUCCCGACCAAGGUCCUGUGAGGUGCCUAACAUCAAAGUUUUUCCUUCCUCUGAUUCAAAUGCAAGCCUGUCACAUUUUCAGGGGAGCCUUAAUACAGGAGGGUCACUGCCAGAUCUCACAAACUUGCAUUUCCCAUCCCCUCUGCCAACCCCUUUGGAUCCAGACGAUACAGCCUAUGCCAACAUUAGCGCUGAGAACAGCUCAGGCCUCCCUGCUGCCAUGACUCAUCUUGGCAUCAGCGGCUCGCCAGGUAUGCAGAACACUCGAAGUAACCCUUCCAUCCAGGCAACGAUGAACAAUAACUCUCUUGCUUCUAAUGUAAACAGCCAUACGCCCCCAGGCCGCAACAACCCAGCACUUCAUCCGUCUCUGCGUCUCUCCUCUCUCAGCAACCCUUCUCUUCCUACCUCUGCUCUUGGAACUUCCCCGAGACGCAGGCACACUCCUGUAAGCCCUCUGACUUUAACUCCAGGUAGUGAGUCUAACCGCAGCAUCAGCAACCAGUUCUCACCGACUAGUCCUAUGAACAUGCCACCAAAUUCACAGGGUGUUUCUAUGGACCGAAGUCCACUUUCUCUCCCACCCCUGGAGCCUCCACCACCUUAUCCCUUAUAUUCAGAUCAACCCCAACCUCAUCUUCAUCAUACACAGCAACAAAUGCAUGAAUCUCUGGACUCUCAAAACUAUCAGCCUCCUUCACCAGUACCCUGCCCACCCCUUGAUCUGAACCUGGCUAAUAGCUCUUUGAGUGGAUUCUUUGGAGAUUCUUUUUUUGAUCAGCAGCAACCUACAAAACAAGGGAAAUAUCUGUGGCAGCAGCAAGAACAGUAUGACAUGUUUGGAAGCCCAAGCAGCUCCCUUCCCAAUACUAAUGCAUUCUUUGAUCCGAAUAUGAAUCUCCAGUACUCUCAGGCAUCAUUAAUGGGUCUAGGAGGCAGCCAUGGAAGUCUACAGGAUUCUUUCCAUCUGCGGCCCAAUUACCUUUAUUCAAACUGCGGUGGGAGCGUCCCGAACAUUAUCCUUACAGAUGACUCAAGCAACAGUUUAUCAAAGGACAUUAGCAAUGCUGUUGCGGGGGUUUCUGAGCUGGGUUUUGAUGCCGACAAUACAUUUCAGUUGGAUGAUGAGCUGAAACUUGGACCUCUGAGCCUUGAUGGGCUCAGCAUGUUAAGUGACCCAGACAUGGUUCUGCCUGACCCCUCCAUAGAGGACAGUUUCCGUUCUGACAAGCUGUGAUCCGGACUCCAAGCACAGCACAGUCUGUGCUUACAGAGACAAAAGAGCCCGCCUGGGAAGCGGAAAGACUUGAACAUAUACCUUCACUAAUUUCACUUUUUUCGGUCCUUUGAAAACAGAAAUGUUGGCGUUUCCCAGUUGAAUUUACAUUUAUAUUUACUGGACAAGAAGUAGAAAAAAACCAAAAAUGUUAGACAAAGGUCUGGGGCAAUUUUUUUGUUUAAAGAAAGCCAGUAAUGGGUAUUUGUAGAGAACCACCUACAUUUCUCUGUGAAGCCAUGUUUUACAUUUUUUUAAGACUACGAUGUGCCAUUGCCUUACCCUUUUUAUCUUCAGAGACCUGCAACUGAUUAUGAACCAGUGCUCUGGAGCUUGUCUGGUAGUGAAGGAUUCAUGCCUACGGAUAUAUGUGACCUUGCAUCUUUUAAACUAAAUAAAUAGACAAAAAGGACAUCCACCAUUAGUUAUACAGACUUGGAAAAAGAUCAUUCUGUAUAUUACAUAGACUGAAACCACUGACCUCAUCCUUUGCUAAAUAGUAACUUAAUGACCAGGUUUGUGUGAACUUUGACAUGGAUUGCUGCCAACACUGAUAUGUGGCACGAACCCAUAGCAAAAUAACAACAUAAAAUGAAAACCUAACACGGUAGGUGUACAUACAAACAGUUAGUGCCUUAAUACAUGCCACUUUACAUCUGAAUGAAUCCCCAUAGUCCGAUAGGAUCAUUCUUUUUAUUAGAUAUUCAAGUUGUCUCCUUGGGAUCGUAACUGACUAAGCCUUCUUAACCAGCUCUUCUUAUGGGUUUGCACUUUUUUUUUUCCUACUUACGUUCACUUGUCUGGUGACACGCUGUGUAACAGGAGCGGUAUAUUUAAGGGCUACAUUUCUGGAAAUUCAGUUAAUAUAUCAUUGAGAGCACAGUUGUUGGUUUUUUUUUUUUUUUGUUUUUUUUUACCAGAACUUUUAAAAUACUAAACGUUGGUCUGUCUUGACUAAAUUACUAUGAAUUAAUCACCAGCCAGUUUCUUAUUAUCAUUAUUAUGCCUGUUUAUUUUUUUAAUAAUACAUUAUUUGGAUUUGCUCUAAAAGCAGUUAUAUUUUAAUCCCAAAACCUGACAUAACUUAAUCACACUGUGCAGUUUAGUCAGAAUACCUGCCAUAGGAAAUGUGCAUUAGCCCAAGGCUAACGGCUUCUGAGAAAUCCCCUUGUGUGCAGUAGUGCCUUGUCCCAGCAUCCCACAAACUUACAUACUUUCUGUGAACUUUUUACUGUCACACUGUGCAGUUGUUUUUGCUUGGAAAUUGCCCAGUGAUCUCCCCCAUUGCAAGGGAUUUACUUGUAGCUUGUGUAGCCAGUGGCAGUCCAUCUGAUAUUAUUUUCCAUUUUCCUACAUGUAUACUAAUUAGCAGGUUCUUAGUAGCCCUUUGGCUUUCAUGGAGUGGAGAAAUACAACAUUGCACUGGCUCUGUCUUGGUCAUUUAAUUGAAACUUUUGAGGAUCACAGACCUGUAUGAUGAAUUGUGUGUAAUUUUCUUCGCCCUGUUUGGUUAAAAAAAAAAAAAUGCUCAUUAAAAAUUCAGAUGUAUCUAACAUAGGGAUGUCGAACUGAAUCACCUCUUUAGUAGUCAUGAAGUACAGUUCCCAGUCUGGCAGGAAAUGUUCUAACAGUGCAGAGCUGCAGGAGAUACUGAACGAUACCCUGAAUGAACAGUCUGGAUGUAAUCAAAAUAACAGUUUAGCAGCUGCUUCAUUAUUGACAGACUGAUCCUGGCACCAAGGAGGGGCCUGACAGAAGAUUUGAGUGGUGGUUAGGAAUAAUUCAGCCUGCUAAGCAAUUUUAUUCAAGCUGAUGGCAUAUAGGGCAUAUUUCCUGACUGUUUUGAAGCCAGUGGAAAAGCACACAAAUCUGUCAUUGGCUAUAAUGGAAACUGACAGUCAAUGCUGGAUUUUAGUCCAAAACACUUAAAUGUGCAUUUACUGGCCUGUCACUGCAGUUAAAGCCAAUGACGAUUCUUCCCUUGCUGGAAACCCUCAGCUAGGCUACAACAAACACAUUAUGCCAUGCAAUACCUUUACAGUCUUGCCUUUAUAGGUAGGCAAAAAGUAUGUUCUGUCCCUAUUCAUUAAACUUGUGUUAAACAAGCAGGGGGAAAGCACCAGUUUAAUGACUAGUUAAAGUUUUAUCCCUUAUUUGCUAUAUCCAAAAUGUAUAUUUAUAAAAAAUGCAAUAACACACAAGGUUUUUGAGCAAUUAUAUUAUGAGGAUUAGCUCUAUGGGAAUGGUGCAAAACUCUUAUAAUGACCCUUCAUUCACUUGCAUGGCAACGCCCGGGAGCAUGGCUGCAGCAUUUCUAUUUGACAACUGCCUUACAACUCUGUGUACUUGCAGGCCCUGACCAUAUGUCUAAAUGAACGGGGAGGUAAUUUAGAGCUUUUUUCCCCCAUGGAGCUGAGAUAAGAUGCUUGAAAUCACAAGGACUAUUUUAUUAACAUUCUCCUACCAUGGAAGCUUCAACUCAUACUUCAACCAUACCCUAAUGGUUACAGAAAGGCAUUAAGGAGUCAGUGGUAAUGGCAGUUGUUAGUAGCCUGAGGGAGCAGUACCAACUCACCUCCCACUACCAGAAAUGGUUGAAACUUUGAAACUCUUGCAGUUGGUGUUUCCAACUAUCAUGCAGUGGGUGGGGCACAGUUUGGUACAUCAUUGUGUAUUGCUGAGCAUUUAUAAAAAUUGCUGUCCAUACUUAAAAAUAAGGUAUAUUUUUCUUUCAGAUAGAUAAUAGUACCGUAUGUGCACAUUCUAUAUAAUUCUUCAUUGUUUGUUUUUAUCAAUUCAUGGCUAGGGGGUGGUAUAUUAAUUAGGCAUAUUAAUUACCUGUAUCGUUAUUGCAGUCAAGUACCAUGCAGUGAUACAAAAUAGGUGGGUAUGCCUAAACCAAUACAAAGCAGGAUAGCCCCCAUAAGUGCAAAUAGUACUCUGAAUAAUACAUAGAGGAUACUUAUGGGCUUAUUUAUCAGUUUUUGAGUUAGUGAAUUUGAGUUUGUUUUUCUAAAUUGAAUAAACUCUCAUAUUGAAUGCUUGCUUAUUGAUUAAUAAGGAAAACUUGUCCAGAUAAAAAAAUCGAUUACCUCAACUUUUUGAGUUUACAAACUCAAAAAAAACCCUCAAAAAUCUUGAAUUGAAAAUAUGUCUUGACUUUGCCUGGGACAACUCCCAUUGACUUCUAUAGAAACUCACAAGCUUUCAGAUGGCAAAUCUUUACAGUAAUGUAAAAAAAACUUGAAUCAAACUCAAAUGUUGAUAAAUCUCCCCCUUAGGGUGUCCCAUUUAGUGAUAUAUAUAUUUUUUCCCUUUAAUAAAACACACAGUAGAAAACCACUUAGUACCCCACAACAGACUAAUAUGUGUGAAAAAGGAUGAAUGGUUCCCCUGGCAGGGAUCAGUGUGGCUCCCAGUGUGGGUAGCUACACUGGCAGUUAUCUGCCUGUCAGUAUGAAUGGACAUAUCUGCUAAUGCGCAGUCACAACUGGCCUUUGCCAUGUAACAUAGAAACGGCUAACAAAUUAACUAGAGUGACUGUUCCACAAAAUGUAAGGUUUUUUAAUGGCUGUCAGAGAAAUGUAAAAAAAAAUCUGUGUAUUUAUGUGCUCUCAGGCUUGUAAUAUUCUAUAGAUAAGGUUGUGAUUAUGCUGUUACCUGCUGCAGUCUUUUUUUUUAUUCGCUCCCCCCCCCCCCCAUAAUGCAGUUUCAGUCAGCCAGGUGUGGAUGCUCUCCAUUCAUCCUCUCCCUAUAACUCUAGUCACCCUUUCAGAAACACUGUGACAUUGGGCACAUCACUGGGACCCCUCCCUUCCUACAAUACAAGAGGAAGCUACUGGUCAUGAGUUGCUAAAAAGGGACAUGUAAACCUCCAUUUCUUUCCCAGAAUAAUGAUAGUCCUCCCUAUUUCUGUGUUUUGGUUCUCAAGUGCUGAAAUCAGUCUGUACACUUACAUGCACUUAUCAUGUGUUUUACAAAAAAUAAGAGAUGGUUUUUAUUGUAGAUUUUGUAUUGUAAUGAAGAUUAGUCUUUUAGUAUAUCAUAUGUAGUAAUUUAUCUCUGAAGUACAUUUCUAUGAAACAUUUAUAUAUGAUUUGUCCAAAAUGCAAAGAUGGAUUGAUCUAUUCAUCGUGUAAUGCAGCGACACAAACGUUAUUUAUGUUAUUUCCGUUUAUUUACUAGAAUGAUUAUGUUAUCUGGUUCUCUGGCAACAGGAUACAAAGUUGGGUGCUGGUGGUCGAUGCUAUAAGCCAAAGGCCGCAGGUGCCCAAGGUAUAAAAGGGCUGUUGGAGGGUUUGGUAAGGAAAAGUUUAGGGGACCUUGUGUGGUGGUUUUUUCAUAUCUCUUUUUUUCUAGCAAGCUGCCCUUGACAUUCUCUUCUGAUUGCUGUACCAGGUUGUUUUGGCUUCCUGAAACAAAUCAGAAUGUUUUGGACACUGCCCAAAGACCCGAAUGCAGUUAUCUUUAGGUCAAACUAUUCUGCAUCCACUUUUAUUGUAGUUCUCCUAUACCCAUGCAGUAGAAGCCAGCCAGUAACCAUUCCUGAAAUGGCUGGAUUGCAUGUACAGGACAAUGCUCUACCCAAUACAAAUACACAAUAACAGCUACAUAAUAGUUUUAUAAUGUGUCAUAGCUCUCUCCAUAACUGCAAUGGUUAAUAUCAAGCAUCUCUUACUUCAGCAAUAGACCUACAGAUGUUAUUGAACUACAGCUUCCAGUAUCCCACCCACAGCCAAGGCUACUGGGAGUUCUGGCCAACAACAUCUGCAGGCCCACUGUUUAUCUUUCACAUGCUGUCAUUGUAACUAGCAGGGGAACUUGGCUUUGCUUUGUCUAAAUAACACAAAUCAUAAAUGGUGUUUUACAUGGUACAUAGCUUUAGUGUCUGGAGCAGGCUGUUAUGCUUAGUCACAGUCGUACCAUCCGCUCUCCGCAUUCUCCCUAUAAGUGCCAAUGAUGCAUGGGUUACACACACUCAGCUUAUCCUAAUGUUUACCGUACAGCAGUUGAAAUAAAUACAUAACUCCUGGUAAUGGCCAGCAGCACUCAGCGCAUUUCUCUUGCAAAUGUUGCAGCUCAGAUCAACUCACCAAUGCCUUAAUGUGCCAUUAGCUUUGGGCCUCUCUGGAUAUAUGUAGCAUUUCAUUGGGAAUGACUACUUUUACCUUACAAGGAUCUCCCAUGAAUGCCCCCAUGGCCUUUAAGUGGCACCCUGGAAGCAGUGAGGGUUAUGAGGUGCAGGGUAGUGGCCAGUCAGUAGUCCAGACUAGUAGUCCAGGAGCAGGCGGCACUUGCCCAUCCUAUUCUGCCAAUAAUGUACCAGCCUCUUAAGUCUGCUUUGCUUUCUCACCAACCAACUUUUAUUUCCGGUUCCCCACUUACCUUUUGUUGUGAUUGUUUUCAAAUGUACAGUGGUAUUUAAGAUAUGCAGUUCAUGAACCUAGUUUUCUGUUUUGUAAUGCAUCAUUUUACACCUUUCAUAAUUAAAUUGCAGUAAAAUAAAAUUCUAUAUUUGCAUUAAGACCUGUGUUUGAUUUCAGCUUAUUUCAUGCACAGUUCUAUUUUUUCUUACAGUACUUCUGUAGGGAUUGUGAGGCAGCAGAUGUACAGGAACAGACAUGAUCAUCUUCCAGCCAUUUCUGUGCCAUGUGUGAAUGGAUCUAAUGGAUCAGCAGAGCUUCUUUUCCCCAGCAGCUCCAGUAAUGGAUUUGAUUGCUUCUCCAAUAGCUCCCUGUGCCAGGCUUCAUCCCAUGCCAAACUUAACCAGCUUCAAAUGUGUGACACUGUUUCUCCUUGGUUCAUUUAGUGCUUCUGAGUGUGAGUUAUUGUAUUUUGUGAAGAUUUUAAUUUCCUUUCCCAGCAUUUGAAAUUGUGUUACGUGGCUGCUAUGUGUGUUCUCAUACUGUAGCCUUGUGAAAUAUGAAUUUGUGUCACCUUCUGAAUAGUCCAUCGUUAACCUAGCAGAUGUCACAUCCAUACCACUAGCCAGCCUUAAAACAUUAUCUUCUGCGCUAAGAACAACCCUGAUAUUGCCACGAGAGAUGGAUGGUUCAUAUUAUUUCUUUAUAUAGCCAGUUAGGCACUGCCUUUUAGAACAAUGUGUCUGCUAUACUAGAGGAUGCUACCCUACAUUCUUCCUUGCUUCACCCUAUAUAUACUGAUAGCUCAUUGGGUUGGGUGAGGAUUGGGAGCAAGCAGGUUAAGAUUGAGUACGGUUGACUUUUUGUCAACCCAUACAUGAUUAACAAAGUACCUGGAAAAGGUAAUAAAAAGUAAAUACUUUUGCUCUGCUAUGGAUCUGCCCAGACCAGGGCCCACUGGGGUUAUUUCCUGUAUAUUGGCAGAUACGCAGAUACUAGAAACCUUGGCUGAUAUUAAGUAGUAAGUAAGAAUAUUAUAGUAUUACAACAUGUUGAUGUCCUCACUGGAGUUGGUAGUGGACAUCUGCAUUUGCAUUAACCUACAUGGCUACAGACUUUUUUUGUCCCACCCGCUAAAAUACUGCAAAGACAGAGAAACAGCUGAUUACAAGGAGGGGCUCCCACUCCAAUAAAGUUGCCUAUAACCUGAA